GAAUUCUUCAACGAGCUGCGGGAUAAGUCUCUGAUCGUCUGAGUAUGGUGCGGCUGCUGCAGAGAAUCCCGGCGGCGCUCAAACCCAGCCGUUUCCUAGCUGGUGAACAUCUCCCGAUAGCGACUUGUCUAGCAAUUCCCAAACGCACUCAGUCCACCGAGGACAAAAACGAUCCACUGUCCAGAUGCAAACCGGUGAAUCUAGCGUAUUCGUCUUUUGAAGACACAAAAAUCGAAACCAAUCUCUCGCCUCUGGUGAUCAAUCAUGGACUGUUCGGCUCGAAGUCGAACUGGAAAACGUUGGCGAAGCGAUUCACACAGAAAACUGGCACGAAGGUAUUUUGUGUCGACUCAAGAAACCAUGGGGACUCACCUCAAACGGAAGAGAUGUCCAUUUACGACAUGGCCGCCGAUCUGGAAUAUUUCGCUAAGCAAAACGACUUUCCCCGGUGCGUCUUCCUCGGCCAUUCGUUGGGCGGACGUGCUGUCAUGACGCUAGCAUUGACGAAGCCGAGUUUGAUCGAUAGGCUGAUCGUCGUCGAUAUUUCACCGAACAGCCUACCAAACACCAUAAAUGGGGAAGCGAAGGUGGCUUUGUUGGCAAUGGAAGAAUCUCUGGCCCGGCUAUCACCGGAAUUGACUACUCGGGAAGCUCGUCUGAAGGCUGACGCUUUCAUGGAGCUCACGAUCAAGGACUUCGGCUUGCGUCAAUUCCUCCUGAUGAAUCUGCAGAAAGGACACCCAGAUUUCAAGUAUCUGAUAAACCUGAAAGCGAUAAAAAAUAAUGUGGAUAAGCUGCUGCGAAUGCCGGAUCUGGAAGGUACAUUCGAAGGUGACGUCCUAUUCAUUAGGGGAGGGAACUCCGGAUACAUAAAACGGAGUGAUUUUCCCAUAAUCAAGAAAUUUUUCCCUCGCGCACAAAUCGAGACUAUCGACAACGCUGCUCAUUGGGUCCACGCGGAUAAACCUAACGAAUUCGUCGAUCUCGUGUCGGAUUUCAUACUCAAGAAACAAUCGCCAUAGGAUUUUAGCUUUCGAAUAUAGCCGGUUCAAUUAUCAUUAUCAGUCGGUCUACGGAGGAAGUCCGUCGGAGAGAAAAAAAUUAUCGACUCCGCCGAUCUCAAUGGUGGAUCGGCCGCAUCGUUUAGGAAAUUUGUGAUUCUGCAUCGCGAUCGCAGCGCUAUCUCCUUGGAAGGAGAAUGCAAGCCAUGUGAUAAAACGGUUGACCCACGACUCUCUGCUUGUAUCUGCCAUACGGAAGAAUAAAGAGCUAUUGCAGAGGAGCAGUGGUAUGAA